UUAUGCUUAGGUACCUACAUGUAAAGGAUUUGAAUGACAUAUUUUUAUUAUGUAAAUUACUAGCCAUUGAACCUUCGGGUCUGUACCGCGGUCCUAAUUAAUAAUUAUUAAAUUAAUGUGUUUAUUUUAAUUUGAUACCUAACAUAAUUGUUAUGAUAAACAACAAAUUUUAUAUUAAAAUUAGUGUUUGAGUCGUUUGGAAUAUAAUUUUCUGGACGAGGGAGGUGACAGCUGCACACGAAUGUUCCAUUUAUCCACCACUCGGAAACCUUGUAUAAAACUUUUACUAUUAAUGUAUAAAAAUAAACUAUAACCUGCUGUAAUUAUAAAUUAAGUCUAAAUUAAAUUAGAUUUUUUUCUAAGGAUCAAUGCAAUUUUUUGCUCAAAUGGCAAGGUUGUUAACCAUGAAUGGGGUCAUUCAAGUCAUGAAUCCAAACAUUAUACAUAGGUUAGAUGAUGAUGAGUUGGUUAAUUUUCAUACAAAAACUGAAAUUUCUUUAUUAAAAAUAGAUAAGCGGAACGCUUUUUUUUAAUUCAUUUUUUUUCUAAUACCAUUUAAACUUGGAUCUCAAAGCGGAAAAUAUGAACUCAUUAUUACUUAAUUACUUAAUGUAUUUUUUCAAUAGCCUUGUUUUGAUUUAAGAUUCAAACCAGCAAUAUUCAUGGUCUAUGGAAUUACUUACCUAUAUUAUAAGAACCAGUUGUUACAAGUUACUCAGAUCAAAAGUCUACAUAGCCGACGAAUGUUGUGCCUAUUUCGUCAGCUUUUAUUUUUUAGUCUUCAAUCUUCAUCAAUCAGCGUUUAUCUUUUGUUAUUAUUUUAAAGAGCCAGAGAUUUAGGUGUCAAAUCUUGAUAAAAAACGGAGGACAAUAUGCAAACGACUUAUAUUGUAUUUUUUGCCUGUUUUGUAAAUGUGUGGAAUUCGAUCUCUGCGGCACCUCUCUCAGACAAUCCUGCAUCAGCAGCAUAUGCAAAUAUUAUAAGAUAUGAAAACGAUAACGAUGGCAGUGGAAAUUAUAAAUUCAGUUUUGAGACAUCAGAUGGAACAAGGCGAGAGGAAACUGGUACGCUGGUCAAUGCCGGUCAACCUGAUGAACAUAUAGCCGUUUUAGGCUCAUACUCUUACAUUCGUUCGGAUGGGACAUUAGAGACUGUAGAAUACACAGCUGAUGAAAAUGGAUAUAAAGUAAUAAUCCCAACUAAUUUACCGGCAGUGCAAGUUGUACAAUCACUGCCUACUAGUGUUGUUGCAAGUUUAUUAGGAUAAACUUUUUUUUAUAUUAUAAUAAGGAAAUAUAAAUA